GCGCGCCGAGCGGACUUCCCUUCGUUCGACGAACGCGCACCGCGUACAUUCUCAGCAUAAAAAUAAUUCUAAUGCGCGCCUGCGUACUUCAACCCAUUUAUAAUUAUUAGUAAAUCCCAGUGCGGGCGCAUGACUGUCGCGCUUAGCUGUCGCUCGCGAAACAAAGUUUUGAACGAUUGUGAACCUAUUCAGAGCCCAGUUAACAAGCCCUUGUGAAAGCCGAAACUAAAUCCCUAACGUCAAUGUGUCUACGUAAUACAUUACGUCAACGUUAGCACCCACGCUAAACAUACCGGCGCAGACGUGUACUUUAUACGUUAACACAUCGUGCUUGUGUUUGUGCAUUGUAUAUAAACGUUUCUUAUCAGUUAUUAAAGUACUGGUGUGAGUAUAUCGAUAUGCCCGAUAAAAAUAAAAAGCGCAAGAACAAUAAAAAUAAAAGGAAGAACAAAGGGCAGCAGCAACCGAGUAAUAAUAAUACACGUAUUUCAACUGUAACAUGUGACCAGCGACCGGAAGGUAUUAAAAAAAGUGAUUGUUCGGCAAUAACAAGAAAUGAAAUCACGGAAUCGCAAGAAAAACUUGUUGGUGAAACUGGUACUCCUGCAGUGACAACAAGCGUUGAUUCUGAAAUCUCAACUGACUUAAAACAACUACCAAAAAAAAUCGAAUCUUCUAGUGCCAUACCACCCUCUCAGUCAACGUCAGCUGCAGGCAUAAUAACUAAAGAAAAUACUCAAUUAUUCGAAGGUUAUACAGUGGAAUCUCCAGAAAAAACUAUAAAAUCAAUACCAAAAUUGCGAAGUGAUGUAAAAAGUAAAAGUGCUGAUAAUGAUGAUCGACCUAUUAUUGUAGAAAUUGUUGAAGGUCUUGAUAAAAAUGACAUAAGCAGCUCCUUAGCAGACUCAAGUAAUAUAAUUAUCAGCGAAUUUGAGCCUGAGGUAGAAUGGGAAAACACAUGUGAUAUAAAAAAAUUUAGCUACAUCGAAGAAGAAAAUGUAGCUCCAGGAGUAUUAUCUAUAAUAACUCUACCACUUAACGUAGCAGAAUGUGAAGAGAUUAAAUCUAUGAGCCCCGAAGAAGAGAAAUCUUUAAGACAAUAUUUAAAUACAUUAAAUUUAUCUUCAAAUACAGGAGCUUGUAAAGAAUUGGAAAUUAAACCAGAAAUAGAGCAGCAAGUGAAUCAUGAUAUAAAACAACGUUUACGCAAGAAACAACAGACUGAAGAAAUUUAUAGUUCUAUGACAGGACCUGCGAGAUCUUUACAUGUAAUUGAUGAAGAAGCAAGCGGGGAAUCUUCAUCAGUUUCGCGUCGUCAUUCUUACCUUAUUGACAAAAAAAGUGAAGAUGAAGAGUUAGACGAUGAUGUUUUCUAUGCAACAAAUGAAACAAAACCAGAAAUCAAGUUUAGAAAGGGGCGCAAAUCGAAUAAUUUAAUAAGUCAAGAAUGCAUACGUGUUGAUGCUCAACUUAAGAAUCCAGAGAUAACUGAAGCAAGAGGUUCCUGGACGACGUCGACUGUUGAAAAAAUUACAGGAGCUGAAAUUGUAUAUCUCACAGACUCAUCUAGCAGCACUAGUUCUCUUUAUGAUAAUAAUGAAAUUGAAGAAAAAAAUGACGAUAGUGAUGUAUCUGUGCGUAUUAUAACACCUACGAUUGAAGUCGUUGAUACCGAUAAAUUCUUAAAAAAUGAUUACAAUUUUAACGUUGUCAAGUCACAAGUUGAACAUAAAAUAAACAAUAACAGCUUAGAAGAUGAUAAUGAGAAGGCGAACCAGAAAUUUGACAAUUAUUAUUCUGAAAACGAACGAAAUGAUAAAAAUAUUUCUAAAGAUAAUCACGAGAUUCUUGUUUUAUCAACAGAUAAUAUAAAUACUAAUCUAUUCGUAAAAGAUGUAGAAAAGCCUAUUACUGAAACACUGACUCCAUCGUUGGAUACGAAAAAAGUGGUAGAUAAUUAUGAUCUUGAAAUAAAAGUUUUGAAAUGUGAACUAAACGAUGCUAUAAAUAAUUUAAUAAAUGAAGUAGUUUCAGAAACAGAUGCAACGCAAGAAUAUCACAAUGAUUCAUUGGAACGGCAAGACUCAUCUAGCAGCGUUGGCUCUUCUCAAUGUACUGCAAAGUAUAAUCCUAAGUGUUCUUCACUAAAUGAUAUUUCUAUGGCUGAAUUUGAUGAAAAUGAUAAAAGUAAUGAAUCCUUAACACACUCAAGUGAAAAUAAAAGUCACGUUAAAGAUGUCAUAAUAAAUGUUCAAAAUAUAAAUCGCCAUAAUAUUACGUAUAAUAGAGCCAUAGAAACCCCAAGUCUGCGAGAUAUGUGUUUGGAAAAAAUUUGUAACUUGCCAUAUGGUGAACAGAUAUUAGAAGAAUUAGCUAGUGUAUCACAACGAUUGCAAACGCUAAGUGACCACGCUGCUCCCAUUGGUUUAUCAAGAAUCACAACUUUUAAGGAUAUCAAUAGUGUAAAACAAAACGGAUCUAGUGUCAACACUAUACCACGUGAUAAAAUUGUAACGCCUCCUGCUGUACAACCUCGCAAAUCUUCGUUAAAAAUUAAUCAAGACGAUGCAUUAAAAAAUAAUUCUAUAAAAUCAGAGAGUAAGCGAUAUAACUGUCUAUCUCCUUCGCAAAAAAUGUUAAUGGAGACAACAAAUUCAUUAUCACAUCUUAAAAAUACAAACACAUCCGAACAAAAAGAAAACGUAAUAAACAAAAUCGAAUUGUCUAAUCCAAUUGAUGUGCCAUUUAAAUCUCAAACUGGAAGUCGUUUAUUAGCAUUACUUCGCAACCCAUUAGUGACUACCAAUUCACAGAAACCAAAAUCAAAUUUUGAUAAUAAUUCUAAUAUAGAUGAGACACAUACAAGUCAAGGCCAUAUAAUGAGAGUUGGUAGAGAAUUCCCUGUUAAACCAAGAAGUGAACAAAGUAUACAUAGCCCCUCAAAUAAUUUUAAGCCUAUACCACCGCCAAAGCCGAGAAAAUAUUCAUCAUCUUUGUACGAAAGUGAUGAGUCAUCAGAUUUUCUUGAUAAUUCUUUUAAGUCAGUGAAAAACCAUAAAAAAUAUUUUCACUUCUCGACCGGUAACUUAAGUCAAGAGAUAGAAGAUGAUAUUUCCUCUAUUCAAAAUAUGCACAGACAUUAUAAUGACAGGUUUAGGCAAGCGAGAGCAGAUCUACAUCCAAGACGUCCAUCUUUGCCUAAAGAUUUAUGUGAUCAACAAAUGGAAUAUAUUCGCCGAAAAGAAAAAGAAGUUGAAGCAGAGAUUUGUCGACUAGAAAGGGAACGAAUUAAUACACCUCAAAAAAGAGGACCUAGAGCUCCUAUGUUAAAUGAAGAGUUUGAAAGUGAAUCUUAUAAGUCAUUUAAUCGUAUUAGAAAUAGCCAAAGUCACGGGGUUUUACCGGCGCUUAUUUCACCAAGUCCCGGAAAAUUGUCAUCAGUGUUUAGUAAAAGCCAAGAAGAAUUAUUAAGAAAUAAAAUGUAUACUGAAUAUCUUAGCCAAAUGGCAGAACGCGAGGAAAGAAAACAAAAGAAGAUUAUAAAAAUAACCAAAACACCGUGCUCAAGUAAUAAUACGUAUUCUAAGAGCUCAUCGGAAUUAACAACUUUCGAUUCAAAAGUUAACAAUCGCAUUGAAAAAGAAUUUAUUGACCGAGCCAAGGAUAGGUGGAAUAAGUUGGGCUUUAAGGAUCCAGAAACGGAAGAUGAAUAUGAUAGAAACGCUUAUAAAGAACCAAAAGUGAUUGAACAUAAAAUAAAAGUGAUCGAUUCUGGUGAAGAAAAAGACGUUCAAAAAUUACCAAAUCAUUUACAAGACUUUGUGAAGUUUAGAGCGAAAGACAAAAGUGUUAAAAGUGAGAGUCCUGAGACCGUCAUGAUUGCGCCGACGUUCAAAGCGCGCUCUACCUCCCCAGCGAUUUGGACGCCCGGGGCGCAGCCACCGGUGGGCGACAGCGGGUCCAGCGCUGCCACGCCGCCCGUACCGCCCCCACCGCCCCCACCGCCUGUCUGGACCCCAAACAGCGCCACAGCAUCGCCCCAAACACCGCACAAAACUUUCCGCCCAGUACACUUCGAGGAGUCACCACCAGCCCGCAGAAAAUUUGAAAAUAAAGAACCGAACGGUUGCAUGAAUGGUUCUGAGGGUGAGAGUCGUCUUCGAACGUCGCACAGCGCUCCUGUGACCGGCUUCAACUCCCUGGGAAACAAGUUGCCUAAAGCACCGAAUCCUACUGUCACCUUACUUCAAAAGGCUCGAGAAGGACAGCUAUCACGAGCCAGUCAGCAAGCACAAGGUGAUAGUAAUUCGCGUCUUCCACGCGACAGACCUUCACCACCUUUUGGCGACCCUAUUCACGCAUUACGUCGUGGUUACGUGAGUGAAGGGGAAGGCGAAAGGCGAGAGCGGAAUAGCGCAACAAAAAUGGCGGAGACGCAGAAAAAAAUCGAAGGAAUAGGACCAAUCACAAACGACGGCAUGCCUGUUACAUUGAGAUCGGAAGUCAAAGACCCCUCAAGAUGGUACAAGAAGAUGUACGACACAAUACACAAAAAUAAAUACGACAACGAUUAUGUGACGAUACGAUACAAAAGCCGUAGAGACGAACCACAGAGAGUGAGCAGCAGUAAAUCCCAGUACGCGUACUUCGACCCACGUUCAGGGUAUCUGAGUGAACCGGAGGGCGGUCUAAGUAGGCUUACGUCCGGCACGUGGAGUGACGCGUACGAUAGUGACGUCACAUCCGGUCCACGCCGCCGUACCGCAUCCGUACAGGAAGACAGAAGGAACGAUGUCACUUCACCGUAUAUGGCUAAUAAUAAGUAUAGUACAUUAGCAUCAACGAGAGCGAGUCAAGAGGUAUACAAGUCGCAACCGGGAAAAAUUGAGAACUACACGCCCGGUAAAUCUUCAGUAGUUGACAAGGAAGCCAAACAGUGGUGGGACGAGGUCAUGGACAUAUUUGAUGGGUGGCUAGACGACAACUCCCCUCUACCGCCUUAUUCGACAUUGCUGGCUCGCGCCAUACAAAAGAAUCAAAACAUGUCCAGUACCACGAUGAGUACCACUUCGCUACCAAAGGAGAAGAAAGACAUCACAUCUGCUAUUCUAUCGAAGUCUAAUAUGGCAAGGGCUUUGAAAGAGUCUGGUUACGAAUCAGAUUCGACGUUGGUGUUCAAACGACGUGAAGACACAGAAGCCCCGCUAUCACCAGCGGAACGCCGCGCUGCGUACAGAGAUCUUCAAGCAGGGGGAGAACCCCCACUAAGGGGCUUCAGAUCACCUGCCCCACCUAGAACGGAGGAAUCAGAAAUCGAAUACAUUCCAAUAUCUUCUACGUUAACGAAAAUAAGAAUACACAAAAAGUCACCAAGUCUUCAUGAAGUUAUAUGUUAUCCCGUUACAAGAAUAGAAACAGAUCAAAGGACAACGUCGAAAGGAGCGAGGGAUGUCCUAUUGCCACCUCCUCCACCACGCAGAGUGUCAUCAAGAAGUAGUCGUACUCUUCAACUGGUAACCAUAUCGAAACCUAAAUCAGUAUCACCAAAACGGGUAACAAUGACAUCUAACGUGGAUUUAAUAAAAGAGAAAAUAAGUAGCAAAUUGAAUAGACAAAAUACACAUUUGAUUCUUAAAAGCUCAGAAAACACUUCAAUAGUGAAUACUACGCGAAGAAAUACUUCGAAUUCCGCACCGCCUGCGUUAAUUAGACAUAAAAGCACGUCCUUACCAACAUGCAAGGAAAAAAAUAAAGUAGUCGGUGUAAAACACUUCGGUACUAGUAGUUUUGGUUCUCCGAGAAAAACAAUACAGCCAACAGAAUAUUCGACUUCAUCACGUUGCAAAUAUGGAACAUCUCCAACAUCAAUCAUGAUAGAAGGAGGUGCAGGAAGGAAAACUCCUAUAACAAACAUAUUGGAUAAAGUAACGCCUAUUGACAAACUUUGGGGAUCACAGAAACGGAAUGAACAAAUAGAUUUAACAAAAUUGAAAGGUACUGGUAAACGCGACAAAAAUAAGCAAUUAAAAAUCUCAACUAAUAAGCCAUCAAGCAAAUCAUCAACACUUUCGGCCGUAACACAUAGAAGCCGUGAUAUGGUUCGUACCUCCGAAAAAGUACAGAAGUUAAAAUCAUAUGCUCAAUCAACGCCAUGCUUAGUAAACAAAAGAGACGAUAGGCAAAUUAAAACAAAUAUUAAAACUCUUGAGAAUGUAUCAAAGUCGUCGUCAAAUAUUUGUAACAAUUUCAAAAAGGCUAAUAUUAUAAAGACGAAUGAAAUUACAAACAAAUCGAAUAAGAAAUCAUUAGAAACUAUUUUUAUCAAACCAAAAGGAUCUCCAAGCCACGAGCAAUGUAAUAAAAAUAAACCAAAAGUACAAAAGGUACUUCAAAUGACAAACAAAAAUAUUGGACAUAAGAAAAAGAAUGGAGAUAGUAUUAUCAAUGAAAAGUGUAGUAGUCAAUUUGGAGAUGAUUUAAAUGAAAUUCGUCCCGAAGAAAAUUUAUCUCAGAAAUACUUGCAUGUAAAAGAAAUCAAAGCCGGUCGUGACGCUCUAAUGUCAGACUCUUUUUUUCAACACCUAUUUUUUCAGAAUGCUCAGCCUAUGCCUGUUUCAUCAGUUUCAGAUUCAUGUCAUCUUAACACUGUAAAAGAAAAGGCUCGAAUGUUUCAAUCUAAUUUAUGUACUGGAGUAUAUUACACUCCAAGUGCGUUAAAUACAUAUUUGAUACAUCGCAAACCUGUGUCUCUUUCACGAUUUAAAAUGUGGGAUAAAAAUGAUAGCCAUUCAAGCAUACCGAGCCCAAGAUCUAUAUCAUGGCCCGGUCGAAUGGAUGGAAAAAUAAAAAAAUUUGACAGUUUGUCAAAGGCUCAGGAUGAUUAUGGAUCUUCCGUGUCACUAUCUACUAUUCGCAGUAAUAGUGAACCGCCUAUAAAUAAAUUAUAUUUUUCUCAAACAUCAAGACCUAAGUCACCAGUUAUAAUAUUUCACAAAAAUCCAGAUGACAAAGAUCCAAAAAGCAUCGAUAUCUGUAGUUUACCCUCAACAGUACACGAACAGACACGUCAAGCAUAUAAAUCUAAACAAUGUCCAAAAUUAAAAGCUUCACAUAGUUUCCACACAGUCAAUGCCACUCCUGUUCGUUUAAUUUUAAAAUCGGAAGAUCUAAGCAUAAAUUAUCCACCAACUCUUUUUUUCUCACAAACUUCCCGACCAAUAUCACCAAAAGUUUUAAAAAAACCUUCAACCCCUACUAGAAGCCAGUCAACGUCGCCAAUUUCUAUUAGAUCGCCGUCAUAUAGAAGAAUUAACAAUAUGAAAUCCCAACAUAAAGCCAACCUUACUGCAACAAGACCACAUAGUGUAGAUAGUGAAAAGAAACACGCGUUGCCUUCACUUCAGACGAGGUCUAAAAGUGAUUCAUUAUCUCAUUAUAGUGACCCAGAAUAUGAGGAAUAUAUACAGGAUAUUGAAAAUAAUAAAAAUAGAUCUGAGAGAUUUCGUGAGCUAAAUAGGUAUUACACUUAUUUAGAAAGGGUUGGAGAACUUGAAAAAGCCACUUCCAUUACCGACUUACGGCACAGAAAAAAAGAUGAAGAAAUUAUUGAUUUUGAUCGAUGGAAGAAAAUUCGAGCCAUUGAAAGAGCCGAAGAAGAACUUAAUAACUUAUACGAGAAGUUAAAAAUUGCACAAACGGAAAAAGAUUUUCUGUUUUACCCCAGAGAUAUUAAAGAUUUUCGUUGGAAAUAUGAGAAGGAAAGGGGUUUGAAAGUAAAAGAAAAGUCAGUUGAAGACCUUAAGGAUGAUUUGUUACAAAAAUCUUCGUUUUGUCCUCAAGAUUUAGAAUCGAAUCAAAAAAAAGAUGUCUACAAACCUUUAUGGAGGGGUAAAAGUGUAGCUGAAACGGCAUUCAGUAUCAAUAAGAAAAAUGAAUGUAAAGAUAUAAGUAACACAGCUUCUUUUAUGAAACCUUCACUUAGCAAAAAUACAGAUUUAUCUAUAGGGGAACUUCGUAAAAAGAUAGGAAUUGGAAAUCGUCUUUGGAGCAGCUUAUCAUUAGACCAAGUAAAUGCUUUAAAAAGUCAACUGAAUGCAAUUUAUAGUAAAGAAAUUGAAUCAAAAUCCCAAAAAGUAACUAACCAAUAUACAAUGGAGGUAAAAGAAAGUGAUAAAAAUUACAUUCCCAACUUACACGUUAGAUGUAACUCACUGUCAAGUACGCCUACGCAUGACAUUUUAAAAGAAUUAAACAAAUCCAAAUCGAUUGCUGCAAUAUGCCCAAUUCCAUCUGAAAAGGAUAUUAAAAAUAAUGUUAAUAAUACACAGAUGUCUCUCAGUGAAACCGAAAAGAAACAAAUUUCACAAACUCUAAGUAAAGAAGUAAUAAGACGAAUUAAUACAAAAAGUAAUUCUGAAGAGUAUUGUGAGAAAAAUAGCAAUGAAAACAUAGAUAUAUGUAAUCUUCUUGCUACUAAUAAAAGGCAUGUAGUUUAUGCAUCAGAUAAAGAAGAAUUGCCUUCUUCGGCUAGUGAAACGGAGACGGGUGGAUCUGAUAAAUCCAAUAAUACUGUAAUUUUUGUGACACCCAAAAAAGAAGUUCAAAAAAAGGUUGAGUAUUUUGAAUCUGUAAAAAAAUUACCUCAAACUCGUACACAAACGGGAAAUAGCAUCCCACCAAGUAAACCGAUAAUGAAGUCAUGUGAUAUGUCGUCUCCAGGUUAUGUAUCGCAAUCACAAUCAUGUACAAAUAUUAAGGAACUUUUUGGUGAAAGUGAUAAAAAUAAGUUUUUAUCUUUACCAUCGAAGCCUGACCUAUAUUCGAGAUCGCCUUCGCCUUACUCAGACGCGUACAUUUGCGAUAAACGAUCGCUUGACUCGCUACGUUUCUCCAGUGACGAGACAAUCUGGCGGAGUCGAAGCCCGUCGCCCGAACCGGAACGUUACUGGCGAGCCUUCCUUAAACUGGCGCGUGCCGGUGAAGUACGUCGCCUUGGUCGGCGGUUCGAUACAAUACCUGUCACCAGCGCAGUAAUACGCCGACAUCGCAGUGACCCAGAAAUAAACAACAUUGGUUUAAGAAAUUGUCUAUGUACUGGUAAAUCUGCGAAGCAUAGAGAAAGAUGUAAAACAUCAUACACAGUAGCACGCGUGCCGCUUAGAUCCACAAAUCGAUUUAUGCCUCAUAUUGAUAUAAUUUCAAAAUUAGCGGCUCUUAGGAGAAGGACUGCUCCAAGAUCGCGAUCAGCCGAAGAAGCGUUAGAAUGUCGACCUGGAGAAGUAGAACGAAUUCGAAAACGCUUCGAAGUAAUGUCAAUACUUGGGCAAAUAUAUUCAUCCGCUCCUGAUGUUAGUGAACUUAAAGAUAUAGCACCAUACUUGGAAGGGCCUUGGGUUGCGCAUAGGUAUCCAAAGCCAAGUGACAACAAUAGGUCGGUCUCCGAUACGAAAAAGUUUGUUCGAGGCCAAGUUUCCCCAGUUAAGAAGGAAAUUAAGAAACAAAUACCAAAAGCACCUUUAAAACUUAGCUCAAUCUUAAAAAGUGAUGGAAAUGAAGGGCAAGAAUUUAAUCCAUCAGCACACAGGCCAAUUAGCCGCUAUGAACCUCCCCGAUCGCCCGCCCGCCCUCCGCCAGCUGAAUGGCCUUACAAGUUAGCACCCUUCGUCACGCCAUCGCGACAUAACGUCAAAUUUGAAGAAACUGAUUCCACCCCGGAGCCACCACGAAGGAUGCCACAGAGCAGCUUCUCAGAUUCAGAAUCACCAAGCCGUCGUUAUGUCGAGAGCGAUGUAAAUAUCCACUAUCGCUGUCCAGUUCGACACGAUCCCUUGCCCUUGGUGCCCGAGAGAGAGUUGGCCCGUCAACAGGCAGAGCAUAUGAAACGGCUCUACCGAGAACAGAAGAGGAAUAAAUAUUUACAAGAGCUCCAAGAUAUGCAGAGUAGAAGGCAUCAAGAUAAUUUUAUGCCGUCUCAGAAGACGAUUGUGCCUCUUAAUCGCUAUGAUGAGGCUGAUCGAGUGGUAGCGAGGGCUUUGUAUACGUUCAAUGGCCAGACAGCGAGAGAACUUAGCUUCAGAAAAGGCGAUAUUAUUAAUGUGAGACGGCAAAUUGAUAACAAUUGGUACGAAGGUGAAUUUCACGGAAGGAUUGGAUUGUUUCCGUAUAACUAUGUUGAGUUACUAAAAGGCGAUGUAACCCAUUCUCCGAAGAAGCCGUUAAUCCUCGAAGGUCGGGCGAGGGCGAAAUUCGAUUUCACAGCACAAACAAAUCUCGAAUUGCCGCUCAAGAAAGGUGAAUUAGUGGUUCUUGCAAGGCGCAUAGACCACAACUGGUGGGAGGGCCGAGUGGGGAACAAGACGGGAAUAUUCCCGGACAGCUACGUCACAAUCCUGCAGGAACCCAGCCAGGGUAAGCCGGAACCACAACCGAUCCUAUCAACCGACAAGCCAGUAGCAUCACCAGCAGCCCACGGCGUGGUGAACGGAGAUAAGCGAAGUCUUGGGGCUCACACUUACACCCCCCAACACAACAGCGCAGCACUGGCCAACGCCCCACCAGCCACUGAACCACUCAUUGGUUAUCCCGCAAAAGGGCACUCAUCGCCAGCUGACCGUGGAUUAAAUGCGAGUGUAAACCUCAAUAACACAGAGCCUCUUUAUGUCGAUACGAACGCUGAAGCUGUCCCAUAUCGUGCAAUGUACAAAUACCGACCCCAGAACCCUGACGAACUAGAGUUAAAUGAAGGUGAUACUGUAUAUGUAUUGGAGAAAUGUGAUGAUGGCUGGUACGUCGGCUCCAGUCAACGGACUGGACGGUUUGGGACUUUCCCAGGUAACUACGUGGAGCGCAUUUGAUAGCGGCCGACCUCGCUGCUUCGGCGGCUGCGACGCGCUACGCUUUGUACGCGCAAACUGAGAUAAACUCUUGUAACGCCAUAUCAUUAAGUAAAAAAAAACCUUUUAAUCCUUAUUAACGACGUCACAGUCGUAAUGGCGGCAUGUGUCAGUAUAUUGACAUUUGACAUUGAUAUAUGAUAAACUAUUUAAUGAUCAUGAGUGACAGUCUCAUAGCGUGUACAAAAUUAUUGAAAUAAUACAUUGUUUAUUAUUUGUCUGUUACAAGAUGUUUUAUAGUACUGUUACCAAAAUCAACCCAUGACUUUGUUAUUUAUCUAUUUAAUUUCGCCAUUAAGAACCUAACACAGCACAAUAAUUUAGGAAAUCGUUGUAAGUAUCAGUUUGAAAUCAUACCAUUUAUUUCCAAAGUUGUUUUAUUAUUUCCAAAGAGUUUGACUAUUGAAUAAUUAUGGUUAAAAUGUAUAAUUGUACAAAAUAACAUGAGACGUGUGUUAGAUAUAAUAAUUUAUUAUGAGCUCAUCUUUUAAAAUGUUUUUUAAAAGAGCGUAGCUGGGCGUGGUUAAUCUAUACUAACUAUAACAAAUUUUGCGCACAGACUGCCUUAGUCGCGAAUAAAGAAAAAGAUUUACGAAAUUCGAACUUUAAUAUCCUUUAAGUUGGACAUUUUGUUAAAUUGGCGUCACAAUUGGCUUUUCUUCUUCGACUAAAAAUAUUCUAACAAAUGUUUAAUUUAUAAAUUAUUGUAUAUAAAGUUUGUUUGUGUUGGUUACCAUAAAACCAUACAAUACUCAAUAUAUUCGUUAGUUAUAGGGCGAGUAACAUGGCGACGUUUGACAAUACAUUAUGAUAUCGUAAUUUUAUGGAAAUAAAUGUCUAUGUAUUUUAUAUGUAAGAGCUUGUAAUAUUUUACGCAGAUAUACAAUAUGAACCUAGUCGACUUAUGCCUAAUUGUAUUAAUAUUUAAAUCCUCAAAUUACUUAUAUAUUUUAUCGAACUUCCAAUGAUUAAAAACCUUUCUCGCCCUAUGUAGAAUCUUAGAUGUCUUAGUUCUUAACCCUAUAGUUGUUGUUCUCAUGUUAAUUUAUUUUAGUAGCACAAAUGUUUUAUUUGUUGUUGACACCUCUGUAUAUCGUCAUUAACGGCUAUUGUUUCAUAAACGACACAUCUAAUAAAUAUAAUCUUUCUA